AUGACUAUCGACAACCAAUACGAUGUCAUUAUUGUUGGGGCUGGUCCUGCGGGGCUAAUGGCAGCCACUUGGCUAUCUCAAGCAGGCGUGAAAACGCUAGUUGCUGAGAAACAACAAUGUCGCACCCAAGCCGGGCAUGCCGACGGCCUAGAAAGCAGAACAAUCGAGAUCCUGGACAGUUUUGGAAUCGGCAAUGCAGUCUGGUCGGAGUCCAAUCCUACCGUUGAAGUUUGUUUGUGGAUUGACUCGCAUGACGGGAUCCGCAGGGAAAGUAUGACAUUAAACCAUAAUCCCGGGCUUUCGAGAUUCAAGGAAUGCACCCUAGCUCAGGACCGGGUCGAAGAGCAUCUUCUUGGCUUUAUCAAGGACCAUGGGAAUGUCAAGGUUAAAUGGGGCACCGUUCCCACAUCUAUCAAAAUUGACGAAAACCGCGUCGAAAGCAUUCCCCAUAACCCCGUUGAAGUUAGACUAAAACCAUGGCGAAGUGAUAUUGAUCAGCAGUGUAAGGGAUCAGAGCCCGUCAUAGAAUCCGUAUUUAGAACAAAAUAUGUCGUCGGGUGCGACGGGGCGAGAAGUUGGGUCCGAAAGCAUUUCGGCCUCUCCCUUCAAGGUGAAUCUUCAAAUGAGCAUUGGGGCGUUAUUGAUUGCAUCCCCGUUACAGACUUUCCCGAUAUUCGAAAACGAUGUAUUAUCAAGUCCAGAGUGGGGAAUAUAAUGAUUAUUCCCCGAGAAAGGCGGUUGGUGCGAUUCUAUAUCCAGUUGUCGCCCACGGUGGCUGCCAAAAUCCGGAGCUGCUAUCACCAUGCUGCCUUGAUCGUAGUAGCAAAGGCCAUUUUGCAACCGUACUUCUUCGACGCCGCAAAAGUCCAAUGGUCCACGAUAUACACCGUUGGCCAACGCCUUUGUCCUAUCUACUCGGUCCAAAACCGGGUAUUUCUAGCAGGAGAUGCAGUCCAUACACAUUCACCCAAGGCCGGGCAAGGAAUGAACGUCAGUAUGCAAGAUACAUACAAUCUAGGCUGGAAAUUGGCGAGCGUUCUAAAAGGAAUGGCUACCCCGAAGCUACUUCAUACAUACCAAAGUGAACGGCUACCGGUUGGAGAGAGAUUAGUUUCCUUUGACAAACAGAUCUGCCGGGGCAUCUGCUCCUCAGCCGAAGCAGACAAGGCCCUCACUUCCCGCGGCGAAAUCAACCCGCUAAAGGCGUCCCUCCGAGAAGAAAACUCCAACGCGUCGGGGCUCGGCGUGAUCUAUGAUCCCGGAAUUUUAGUUGCGGCUUCUGGCCAUUGGAAACUAGCCCUCAAAACAGAAUGUACCCGGCCAAUGAGCAAACCUUACCUGGCGGAAGGUAUCAUAGUCGGCGGUCGAUUCCCUAGUUAUCGAGUCCUCUGCCAGAGCGACUCUCGCCCAUGGCAUCUGCAGCAAAGGCUUCGCAGUACAGGCCAGUGGAACCUCGUCGUUUUCGGUGGCAACAUUGUCGAGAGUGCUCAGAUGCUUCGAGUAGAGAGGCUCGCGGCAUCACUUUCACAACCGGAUUCGUUUUUCACCAAGAUCAACCAGAGUAUCCGCCAGACGGCCGUCGGGUCUAUCGCUGCUCAUCUGGUCCAUUCGUCCUGCCACAGAAAGAUCGAAUUCAUGGAACUCCCUGAGAUAUUUCGACCAUUCGAUCCCCAUGGCGGAUACGAAUAUGGACAGGUAUUUGCAGACGACGACGCCUACGGAGAAGGCUGUGGCCAUGCCUACCAGUCGUAUGGCAUCGCGCCCCAGGGAUGCUUGGUGCUGAUACGCCCUGAUCAGCAUGUUGCUUUUGUCGGCGAUCUGGAGGAUACAGCGGCAUUGGAGGCAUACUUUGCGGGAUUUUCUGUUCCUUUAAUGAAUCAGGCAUUUUAA